UUCUGUUUUACACGGUACAUUUUGUGUUCGGACCAAAGAUCCCGGAAGUUCUUUGCGUGUUGUGGGGGUCAAAGUAACUGCGUCUUGUUCUUUGUGGAUUUUCUGGAUAAACUUUGGGGUUUUUUUGUGGAGCCACCAGUGACGCCUGCGGAGCAGAAGCUGUGCGUCAAGCAGCCAUGGUGAAAAAGAAGCCACUUCGCCGCAUUGCAGAAAUGGCACGGAAGAUCCGGGCGUACAGAGAGCUCAAGUCCCGUCCACGCGAGUCCCAGAAAUACGCGUUGGACUAUGAGACGAUGAUACGGCCCUACACAGGCAAGAGACUUCCUGUGCUGGCCUGGCAGGAUGUUCGCAGGGAGAGCCGCCUUUUCCCCCUGCUCACGGGCCUGAAGCACUUUGGAGUGGGCCGCCUUUUUACCCGCAAGUCCUGGCUGGAAGACCACAAGGAGCCGAGCUACUGGCAGAUCACCAAGGCCAAGGUGGACUACACAGCUGAGAACGUAGAUCAUGGCAAAGCGUGGGGAAUCCUUACCUAUAGAGGCAGAAAGGACGGUGAGGUGAAAGAGGUUGACAAAGUGAUGUACCAUGACUGGCGCCUGGUACCCAAACAUUUUGAGCAGCAUUUCACAGACGCUGAGCCGCUCCCUGAGCCGCCCACGCGAUAUGUGCCCUACCCUCCUCUGCUCCGUGCCAUGCUGCUAGCUCAGCACAAGAAAACAAAACACUGCGUGAUGACAGAGGAGCCGAUGCUGGCUUUGAAUAAUAACUGGAUGAAAGACGGUUUCCCUGUGCAGAAAAAAGAAGACCAGAGGAAUGAGGGCACGGCGGUGUAACACUGGUAAGGGUCUGUUGACUUGGUAAUCAUAAUUUGUUUGGACCACUACCCCAGUGGAUCCGUGAGUUCGUUGAUGUUUUCAAGUGACAUCAUCAUGAACAUCUGUGUUGUAAUGUCUGCUGUGGCAAGGAUUAAAUAUUCAUGUUACUAUGA